UGAUUAGUGUUGGUUCAAGGUUUAUCUUUAAUUAGAUCUUCCUUUUACACAAUUGCAGACACUGAAUCAAACAUUGCACAUUGCAUCCGAAUUAGAACUAUUAGCUGCUAGAAAGUAAAAAACAUGGGAGAUUUGGUAGAAAACAAAGAAUGGUACGUAGCUGCAUACUCUCCUGAGGGUGUUCCAACGUCGGAUCAUCUUAAACUCCGCACUGUUUCUCUUUCUCUUGCCCAUGAAUCAAUCCCUGAUGACCAUCUAAUCGUCGAAACUCUCCUUCUCUCUGUUGAUCCAUAUCUUCGCGGAACAAUCACCGGCACCCUUGAAGGCCUUUUCAUUCCACAAUAUCAACUUAAUCAGGUGCUUACAACAUUUGCGGUUGUAAGGGUAAUUCGAUCGAAGGAUAGUAAAUACAGUGAGGGGGAUAUCCUUUUGAAUGGAUAUGGUCUCGUUGCUGAGUAUAGCAUUGUACCCUCUUCUCAUAUAAUUAGAAAAAUUGAUCCUGCUAAUGGGAUUUCACUGUCUGAUUAUCUUGGUUCUUUAGGAGUACCUGGGUUUGCAGCAUGGUUGGGAAUAGAGGUACUAGGAAACCCAAAGCCAGCAUCAAAUGUGUUCAUAUCUGCUGCAUCUGGUGCUGUUGGUAUGAUUGCUGGUCAACUUGCUAAGAUACGAGGAUGUCGGGUCAUUGGCAGCACUGGCUCUGAUGAUAAGGUGAAGCUCAUUAAAGAGAAAUUUGGAUAUGAUGAUGGAUUCAACUACAAUAUAGAAUCAGAUUUUGAUGCUGCUUUAAGCAAGUAUUUCCCUGAUGGUAUUGAUGUUUACCUUGACAAUGUUGGUGGUAAAAUGCUCGAAUCUGUACUUAACCAUGUGAACAAAAAUGCUAGAAUACCUCUUUGUGGGAUGAUAUCUCAAUAUAAUAAGGUUUGGACCGAAAGAGAAGGCAUUAGAAAUCUUCUGAACAUGGUGGGAAAGGAGGUGAGGAUGGAGGGCUUUAUGAUUAAAUCAUAUUUGCAUCGUUUUGGAGAUUUUGUUAAAGAUAUGGAAAAAUACUUACAAGAAGGCAAAAUUAAGCCAAAGAGUAAAAUCAAUAUCGGAAUUGAGAACUUUUUGGAAAGCUUAAACUCUGUUUUCUCUAAUUCUAACAUUGGAAAAGUUGUUGUUCAAGUUAAGGCUUAGUACCCAAAUACCAUAUUUGCAUGAUAAUAAUGUUAUUAUGAGUACAAUAUAUGUCGAACCAUAUUUUCAUUAUAAUUAGUCGUUUGUUUCAAACAUUCCUCUAUGAAUGGAUAUGUAAUAAUUUUAAGGUUUAAAUA